UCUGGCUCGGCGAAAGUGUGCUCCGUUGGUUUUAGUCUUGAGUGGAGUCCAAUUUACUCACCGUGUCGGUCGACGCAUAGUGCAUCUACCUUAGCAGCAGUAGUAAACAAUCAAGUGCAUACUAACUAGUGGAAUUUGCAAGCCGUUGAAAACAGUAACAAUGCAAUCGCACAGCAAAAAGCGCGUCUGUUACUACUAUGACAGUGAUAUCGGUAACUAUUACUAUGGCCAAGGGCAUCCGAUGAAGCCUCAUCGGAUUCGCAUGACACACAAUCUUCUGCUAAAUUAUGGGCUUUACCGUAAGAUGGAAAUCUAUAGACCUCACAAAGCGACGGCAGAUGAAAUGACAAAAUUUCACUCGGACGACUAUAUCCGUUUUUUGCGAUCGAUUCGUCCGGAUAACAUGUCUGAAUAUAACAAACAGAUGCAGAGAUUUAAUGUCGGCGAGGAUUGUCCGGUGUUCGAUGGUCUGUACGAAUUCUGUCAACUUUCGGCAGGGGGUUCGGUAGCCGCUGCUGUAAAACUGAACAAACAGGCAUCGGAAAUCUGCAUCAACUGGGGUGGUGGUCUGCAUCAUGCCAAAAAAUCGGAAGCUUCCGGUUUCUGCUACGUGAACGAUAUCGUGCUCGGUAUUUUGGAGCUGCUCAAGUACCACCAGCGGGUGCUAUACAUUGACAUUGAUGUACACCACGGGGACGGUGUGGAGGAGGCAUUCUACACCACCGAUCGGGUAAUGACGGUUAGCUUCCACAAGUACGGAGAGUACUUCCCGGGAACGGGAGAUUUACGGGACAUCGGUGCUGGGCGGGGAAAGUACUACGCGGUGAACAUUCCGCUCCGCGAUGGAAUGGACGAUGAAUCGUAUGAAUCGAUCUUUGUUCCGAUUAUCUCCAAGGUAAUGGAAACUUUCCAACCGUCGGCUGUAGUACUGCAGUGCGGUGCCGAUUCUCUAACCGGUGACCGGUUGGGCUGCUUUAAUCUUACCGUCAAGGGUCACGGCAAGUGUGUGGAAUUCGUUAAGAAGUAUAAUCUGCCCUUCUUGAUGGUGGGCGGCGGUGGUUACACCAUUCGAAACGUUUCCCGUUGCUGGACGUAUGAAACGUCGGUGGCACUUGGAUCGGAGAUUGCCAAUGAACUGCCAUAUAACGAUUACUUCGAGUACUUCGGUCCGGAUUUCAAGCUGCACAUUUCGCCCAGCAACAUGAGCAAUCAGAACACGACAGAGUAUUUGGAAAAGAUCAAGAACAGGCUGUUCGAAAAUCUACGUAUGCUGCCCCAUGCACCUGGCGUCCAGAUGCAGGCCAUUCCGGAGGACGCCAUUAACGACGAAAGCGAAGACGAGGACAAGAUAGACAAAGACGAACGAUUACCUCAAAGUGACAAGGACAAACGGAUAGUGCCAGAUAACGAGUUCUCCGAUUCCGAAGAUGAAGGCGAAGGAGGUCGUCGGGACAGUCGGUCCUAUAAGGGAACGGCACGUAAGCGUCCUCGUUUGGACAAGGACUCUAAAACUGCGACCGAAGAUGUGAAGGACGAGAUGGAAGUAAAAGCUGAAACGACGGGUGAUAAAGAGGAAGCAAAAGCGGGAGAGGAACCGAAAAAAGAGACCACCGCCACUGUUGCAUGAUCAGUGUUGGCCGCGUACCGGAAAUAACCCGAUGGUGCGGCAUAAUUUGCGCGUGUAAACAAACACACACCCGCAUGUGGUCGGACUAAAGCAUGAGUGAAUGAAUGAGGAGGUUCAGAUUAAGGUGCGUGUGUGUUUGUUUGUGUGGUACAAGAAAAACUGUAAUAUUUUUAUAUGAUAGGAUUAAUAUCUUGUUUUAGAGCAGGGAUAAGAGAAUAACGCUGUUACUCACUAACUAUUUCCCAGCUUGGUUUCAUAAUGUUUUAAAUAUAAAACCAAGGUUUUGUUGCAGCUACACGAUAGCAUGUCAACAAGAUCGUAUUUUUUUAACUGACAACAAACAACUGCCAAAAUAGUUGCGAUUUAAAAUUACAUUAUGCAGCACAGGCAAGCAUAAAAUAAAGCAGAGAAUUGAUUUGUCACCGAAACAGGCUAUCGAACAUUGUUUUCCAUGGACUAAAUAAUUUUAUACAAGUAUAUAACACAAUAAACUACAAACAAUUUGCGAACGCAACCAAGCAGCUGCAAAAUAAAGUAUGAUCUCAGGAAUGUAACCCAAAACUUUUGUAUCAAUUCAUGUUUUCUUCCGGUUUUUGAAUUUGUAACUAGCGAAUUGCACACUCAAAUUGAAUAUCACCCCCAUAGAAGAAACUCAUCUAUUUAUUUAUUUAUCGCGAAAUAACCACGACACGACGGAAGGACAUGUUCUGUUUUCAAAAGCAGAAAAAUACCUUGAUGUACUGUUGUAAAUGGUAGAAUCAAGUGUUACUAAACGAUAAACAGCUAAAGAUAGUUGGAGAUUGAUAGUAUUUUGGAAAGGAAAUAAAUUGAAAAAUUAAGUAAGUUUGAAAUUAUCCUAUCUGCAAACAACAUAGGUUGUAGAUUUUCAUAUAGCAAACAAAUUUAAACAAAAAAAACUAUUAAAGAUCAAAGUAUCAAGUACAUAAAUAUAAUAAUAGAUUUAAAAAAUGAACACCGUGAAAUCGGAAGUAAAUAGUGGUAGUAAACCGUAACAGAU